UGGUAUAGUAGUUUAAAAUAUAUUUAUAAUUAAAAUUUAUAUGGGUACUGUUUUCUCUUUUAAAUUGGAGAUCAUUUUCACUUGUAAAUUUGCAUGAUACAUUGAAAUAUCUUUUAACUGGAGGAUGCCUGGAUGCUGUAUAAGGAUAUUUCCUUUACAUUUAAUUUUGGUAAUACAGGACAAAAUAGUGUCUAUUAGAUAACAUGUUUGAAUGUUUCUUUUAUAAGAAAUUGUUUAAUCGUACUGAUUUGAGUAUUAUCAAAAUUAUAUCAGAGUUUGCUCUUGCGUAGUUCACAAACGAUGUCAUAAAUUGGUUAUUGCAAAAUGUUCUGGAAUGUUAAAUGAGAACAGGGAAACUGGAUUGCAAUCACAUCAAAAUGAGAUAGAUGUACCACAUCAAUUCUUUGUUCAUUCAUAUAAAAGGUGUACAUUCUGUGAUCAUUGUGGUUCUCUUUUAUAUGGAUUAUAUAAACAAGGCGAACAAUGCAAAGUUUGUAAUAUUAAUAUUCAUAAAAGAUGCCAUAAAAAUGUGGCUCACAAUUGCGGUAUGAACACAAAGGAAAUAAUAUAAUUUUAAGCAAAAUGUUUGUUUUAAAAGCAAAACAAAGUAAUUUUUAUACGAAUUUGGAACAAGGAUCAAGUGGUACAAAAAUACAUCUGAAAGGAAAUGCGAUUUUUUUGGAAUUCGAAAUAAUCGAACAAACAGUUAAUCUGGUUUUAGCAAUCACACUUAAUCUUUUUAAUCCUGUAUUUAACAUGAUUGAUACAUUGAUUUAUAAGUACGUAGAUUAUACAUAUACUUAGAUUAUAAUAUAUAUACAGAUUUUAAAGAUUUUAAUCUAUACAAGGUGUGCCAUUAAUUCUUAAGCGAUUUUAAAAGUCAGUUAUUCUUUUUCGAGAUUUUUUUCACAAAAUAAUAACAGAUUUUUAAAAUCGUUUAUGGGAACUUUUGGACCACUCUAUAUUUUAUAAAUAUUUUAAUCGAAACUAAUAUAUAUUAAUGGUUUUUUUGGUGGAAGAUAAUUCAAUAACAUUAUUACAUUGAUACAUCAAUGUAAAUUUAGAUACAUAGUUCUUCGAUUGUUUAUAUAAAUCAAUAAAGAUCGCGAUUUACUUAG